AGGAGGCAAAUGCUGCCCCAGCUGUUUCCUGUUGAAAAUGUCUGUGUAAUGUAGAUAAAUGUGAGGGAUUUUCUCUCUAAAUCCGUCUCCUGUUCGCUAAAUCUCACUUCUCCAAAACGAGCCUGCGCAAUGGAACAAAGUGGGAAUAUUGAGAUGUGACAUUGCCCGCAUCUCAUCCUCUUUCUCCCCGUUUUUAAUGACUUCAAACAAGUUCCUUUUCGCCGGGCUUUGUCUUGCGGAGACCCGUGGGGAUGUCUAGCGCUCUUUCCUCUCAGUGGCAUUUAUGUGAUGUCUUCAAGAGUGUCAUGUGCUGUAUCUCCUGUGGCCACACCCUCCCGCUGCUGCUGUGCGUCCUCACCCUGACUCCGACGGCAACAGGGGCGGACCCGGGCUCAGAGACCCUGUGCGGGGCGGAGCUGGUCGACACGCUGCAGUUUGUGUGUGGAGAUAGAGGCUUUUAUUUCAACAAACCCGCGGGCUAUGGCCCCAGCGCCCGGCGGUCGCGCGGCAUCGUGGACGAGUGCUGCUUCCAGAGCUGUGAGCUGCGGCGCCUGGAGAUGUACUGUGCACCCGCCAAGCCCAGCAAGCCAGUCCGCGCUGUGCGUGCCCAGCGCCACACAGACGUGCCGAGAACACCUAAGGUUAGUACCGCAGGGCACAGGGCGGACAAGGGCACAGAGCGUAGGACAGCACAGCAGCCAGACAAGACAAAAAGCAAGAAGAGACCUUCGCCUGGAGGCAGCCAUUCCUCGUUUAAGGAUGUGCAUCAGAAAAACUCAAGUCGAGGCAACACGGGAGGAAGAAACUACCGAAUGUAGGGAAGGAGUGAAUGGACAAACGCCUGCUGGCGUGGGGAGAGGGGGGGCAGUGGCCUUACCUGGUGGCCCUGUGGAAUGGUCCACUGUACGACUAGACAGAGCAUGCUAGCAGCGGGGUUAUAGCUGGUUCUGAUUAUUAUUUUAUACACUGCACCAUUCCAUACUGGGAGGAAUAUGUUAAUGACAGGUACCCGAGGGCGAGGGUUGCCUCCGUGUGGGAGCUGCAGCGUUUGACCGAACGUGAGCGCUGCGUCCUGUUCCUCUCUGGACGUAAAGCACAGACUGGAUUCAUUCAUGUUUGUUGACAGGAUGUUACGUCACUGGGCCCUUUUAACAGUUACUGCUCCAGUCCAGUCCAGUUAGCCUAGCGCCACGCAGGGCAAUUACUCUAAGGUCCUUCUGCCUAAUCACUAGAAUAGGCUCAAACUUUAUAUCUUUCCCCAGGAGGUGUUAAGCUCCUCAAUCUAAACACGACCACUCACCAUCAGGCGACAUGUUGGGAAGUUCAGCCAGUCCCAGGAAAAUUGAAGCUCACCAAAAGGAAAUUAGGCCGGAGCUGCUUCCAGUCGCUGCCUGGUGCCGUGUGGCUGGCAGAUUCAAAGUGCAACUGGAACAGGCCCCAUGUUUGUCGUCUGCAGCCCUUCCACGCGUCGCCACCAAAUCAGAAUUCUGUCAACAAUCCAGGCGAUCAACAUUUGAGUUCAAGGUUCAGCGCAAGUCAUUUCAGUUUAGUCGCUUUAAAUCGAUGAGUCAGAAGAUUUUCAUGUUUUAAUCAGAGCUUCUACGCGAUAAACACUAGAGCAGCAGUCAGUGACUCAUCAGCCCUGGCUGGGGGUGUUUUCUUAGCAGCGAGGCCGCGAACUCCACUGAUUGCCGUGACGGCGGGAGUGACACGCAACGCCGCGGCAUCCGUCGCAAAGUCCAGCGUGGGCGGACUGGAACCAAACCAUUGGGUCAACAUUGCACACCAAAACGACAAGGCCCCCCGGCGAUACCCCACGAGCAUCACUGCACACAAACACCAAGCACCCAGUGUAAAUGAGUUGUGCAACGGCGGGCGAGGGUCAAGCACACACAGACGCACACGAGCCAGUUCUGAGAAGUCCCGGCGCGAGGUGUGACGGUGCAGGGUGUUUGUUCCAGCCUCAGAGCGGCCCCGUCUCCUCUGCCUGUGUAUAAUCAACCUGUACUCCCACUUAUGUUAACCUAUGCAUUACUCUCAUUCAUUGUACAUGAUGGUUUCAUAUAACCAGCUGUAUUACGAAUCCUAUCCACUGUAUAAUGGUGCUAUUUUGUAGUUUGUUACGGCUGAGGGACGGACGACGGGGCUCGCGUCGGAGCUCUUCCCCUUUGCACAGCCUUGUGGCCACCAUUUUCAAAGUGUUUUUAUUUGUAAGCUGUUUCAAUAAGGUAGUCGUGUACGCGAGUAAAUGUAUCUGUGUGAAAUCUGUGAAUGCAUGGAGAAUUAAAAGACAACCAAAAUACCA